UCGGUCCGUCGGUCGGUCCGUCGGUCGGUCCGGGCACCGCGUCGCGUCCGGCAGCUGCUCCCCGUGGGCCGCGGCCGCCCCGUCCCGUCGCGACCCAUCGCUCGGGGCCGGCGGCGCCGCCGGGUCCGCGUCCCUCGGCGCGGCCGGUUCUCUCCCGUCCCUUGUUCCCGGGCUGGAGUGUCCCGGUGCCCAUCGGUGCGGCCGAUUCCUUGCCGUCCCUUCCGGGCUGCUGGGUUUCCGUGUCCCUCGGCGCGGCCGGUUCCCUCCCAUCCUUGUCCCCGACCCCGCGGGCUGCCCCGCACCCGGCAGCAACAUGUGGCUCCUGGAGCGGCUGCGCGGCGUGGCGGAGAACGGCGGGUCCCGGGGUGCGGAGGAGUCCCAGCGGGGGUCCCGCUACAGUAACGUGCUCACCCCUGACAAGAUCCCCGAUUUCUUCAUCCCUCCCAAGCUGAGCGCAGCACCUGCUGAGGCUGAGGGCCCGGAGCCCCCCACAGCACCUGCCCUGGGCCCCUCGGCAUCGGAGCAGGACCUGGCUGGGCGCAAGCCCCCGCGCAGCCCCCGGCUCUCCAGCCGCCCCCGGCCGCGGGCGGCUGGCCGCCAUAUCAUCCAGAUCGAGAGUGCCGAGGACUGGACGGCUGAGGGGGGCUUCGGCACCAACGUGGACCCGCAGGCGCAGACGGCCAUGUCGCUGCCCUACGUGCCCAAGGCACAGACCUCCUACGGCUUUGCCACGCUGGUGGAGAGCCCCCACACACGGCGCAAAGAGUCGCUGUUCCACAGCGAGCACAGCAGCCUCUGCCCCUCGCCGGCCACCUCGCCCAGCGCCCAGCGCAGGGCCAAGCUUAACGGUGAGAGCGGCCCCCGGGCGCCCGCUGACCUGGGCGCAGCCCUCAUGCACCCCGGCCGCUACUUCAGCGGCGGUGAGAGCGACACGUGCUCCUCGGCCGAGUCUUCGCCCUUCGGCUCCCCGCUGCUCUCCCGCUCCGUCUCUCUGCUGAAGAUCUUCAGCCAGGAGAGCCAGUCCAAGGUCAUCAAGCUGAAGCAUUCGGUCGCCCGCAACAGCUCGCUGUCCACCGACGACAGCUCGGCCGACACCAGCCCCAGCGCCCAGCGCCGGUCCAGGAGCGCCCCAGCCGGGGGGCAGCCGCCCGCCGCCCUCCUGCCCCUGGACCUGCCACCGGGCCGCGACCGGGAGCACAGCCUGCGGCUCAGCCGGGGCGGGAGCCUGCGCCUGGCCGCCGAGUACGACCCCUCCAAUGCCCGGCUGCGCGUGCGCCUCGUCUCCGCUGAGGACCUCUAUGAUGCCCUCGUCGACCUGCGCAGCAUCAACUGCUGCGUCUCGCUGUGCCUCAACCCUGGGAAGCUGCAGAAGCAGCGCAGCACCAUCGUCAAGAACAGCCGCAACCCCAUCUUCAACGAGGACUUCUUCUUCGACGGGCUGGGCCCUGGCCAUGCCAGGAAGAUGUCCCUGAAGCUCAAGGUGGUCAACAAGGGCAGCAGCCUGAAGCGGGACACGCUGCUGGGGGAGAAGGAGCUGCCGCUCACCUCCCUCCUGUCCUGCCUGUAGGCACUUGCUGCCAGCCCUGGAGGGACCCGGGCUGUCCCCCGGCCCCGGGGGGGUUUGAAGGGCCCCUCGGAGGGAGGGCCGGGCUGUGGCAGAGUGCGCGGUCCCCGGGGCGGUGCUGUUGUGGGGCUCUGCGGUGGGGCAGGCAGGGCUGGCAGCCGCAGCCUCUCCCCUCUGCUCCCCGCUGGGGCUGCGUCUCCUGGAGCCCAGCGGGGAGUCACCAGCCCGUCUUCACUGGGAAGGAUGGAUGUCACCUGCUGGGCUCUUCCCUCCCUGGUGCCCGCGUUCCCAGCUGGCCAGCACAAAGGUUGGAGGUGGGUAGAUCUCUGUAGCAUACUUACUACCACCUCUCUCAAAGCCCCGGCUGCUGGAGGCAGGUGAUAGGAUCAAUCUCAGCUUUAAUUUAAAAGACAAGUUUCUAGUCUCAGAAACUGCAGAGAAAAUACUGCAGAGAUGACCCAAGAGUGGGCCAAGGGAGGUGACCCUGGGGGAUGAGUCAGGUUUGUGGGUUUCGAGCUUUUCCUAUGCUGUCCCCAGCCCCGCAGGACUGCACAGAUGUGCAAGUCUUGGUCUGACACCCCCAGCCUCCCCGACCCCCUGCAGCGUCCCCCACUGCUGACACCCUGCAGGAAACUGCUCCUGGAGCUUCAGGGGCUUUGGGUUUGCCCAAACCCCCGAAUUGCCUGUGCCCAGCCCCUCUUUGUGUGGCUGGCAUUGCCAUGGGGGGGCCUGGCACCCCUUGCCCUGAGUGCUGUCCCAGCCAACACACUUGCUGACAAAAGCUGGGGUGACAAGAUUAGCCCUCCCGGAGUGCUGGUGGGUGGCUCUGGGGAUGUCCCUGGGGUCAGGCUGUGGCUGAGGCUCCCCCACCCUCUGCCCUCCCUCACCUGGGGGGCUCUGGCUUGUGAACCGCUGCCCCCCCUAGGUGGGGGGACGUGUCCCGUGGGGUCACGAAGCCCCAGUGCCCAGCGGGGAAAUGCUGUGGGGGGUAAAAGCGGCACCUUGUUGUUGUUUGGUGUGGUGUUACCCGUUGCUUCGGGCUCUGCAUGUUUCUGUGGAAGGGAGCAGAAUUCGCAGCGCUCCUGUCCCUGCCUGUUGCAGCACGUGUGGACACACGCACACAUGUGUCCCUCUGUGUUAACCUCUGUUGGUGGCAGUUGAUGUUCCUUCCUUGUCCUUUGCAGCAGAUGGCAGAUUUCAGUGUUGGCUAUUUAUAUCUGAGGCUGAUCUUUCCCAGCGCGUUUUACUUCUGUCUGUAAAUAUGUUUCAGGUACGUGAGACAUGGUUCUGAUUGCGUGGUGUUUGCAUGUCAGGGGGGAUUUGGGGUGAUUGUGGCUGUUUGUUGAGCUUGUGGCCGAUACCAAACUGUGCAGGACUGAAGGAGCAGAUGUGUCCCUCCUUUACAGGGGGUUUCCCACCUGGGGCUCCCCAGCAGCCAGCACAGGGAUGCUCGUGGUCCCCGAGUGCUCUGGGAUGAAGGGGGGGCUCUGGGAAGGGAGAAACAGGGAGAUGGGCCAUGGAUGAACACCCUGCCCCUGAGCAGACCCAUCUGGCUGCUGCCCCAGCCCCAUGUACCCCCCAGCAGCACCGUGUGGUCCCCAGGAUGCUGCCGGGGUCCCCCCUUCUGUGCCUGCAAGGGGCUGGUGGGACCCAGGUGCUGCUGGUGUGGGGGGGCCCCAGGUUGCGAGGAAGGGGGAGCAGGAGCCAGGCAAAGAUUCUGGUGGUCCUUGAGAGGGCUGGGGGUGACGCAUCCCCCUCGGCAGAGCCGUGUGCCUUUGGGUGUGGGGAAGGGAGAUGAUGCGAGCGGGGCCCUGGGCUGCACCAUGGGCUGGGGCUGGCCCUGAGGGCUCGUGCUGGCCCCCCGUCUGUCCCAGGGUGGCCUGGUGGGGGUCACGGGGCGUGUGGACGGUGAGCCCUGCUCUGCCGGGGCUGUGGGACCCGGGACGUGGCCUGGCUGGGUCUGUCCUGCCCUGUAGCUCUUUUCUACUGUUCCUGCUUUGAUAUUUCCGUGGCUGGAUUUAAUGAUGCAUUUUUUGAGUGAAAAA